AUGGCCGCGGCGGGGACGGAGCUGCCCGGAGGCAACGCCAGCGCCAACCAGAGCGCCGCCGACCCCACGGUGUCGCGGGACGUGUGGGUGGUGGGCAUGGGCAUCCUAAUGUCCCUGAUCGUGCUGGCCAUCGUCUUCGGCAACGUGCUGGUCAUCACGGCCAUCGCCCGCUUCCAGCGCCUGCAGACUGUCACCAACUACUUCAUCACCUCGCUGGCCUGUGCCGACCUGGUCAUGGGGCUGGCCGUGGUGCCCUUCGGCGCUUGCCACAUCAUCAUGGAGAUGUGGACGUUCGGGAACUUUUGGUGCGAGUUCUGGACCUCUGUGGACGUGCUGUGCGUCACGGCCAGCAUCGAGACCCUGUGUGUCAUCGCCGUGGACCGGUACUUCGCCAUCACCUCGCCUUUCAAGUACCAGAGCCUGCUGACCAAGGGCAAGGCGCGGGUGGUCAUCCUGGUGGUGUGGGUGGUGUCGGGGCUCACCUCCUUCCUGCCCAUCCAGAUGCACUGGUACAGGGCAGACCACGAGGAUGCCAUCCGCUGCUACGAGAACGAGAUGUGCUGCGACUUCUUCACCAACCAAGCCUACGCCAUCGCCUCCUCCAUCAUCUCUUUCUACGUGCCCCUCGUCGUCAUGGUCUUCGUGUACGCCAGGGUCUUCCAGGUGGCCAAGAAGCAGCUGCAGAAGAUAGACAGGAGCGAGGGGAGGUUUCACACCCAGAAUAAGGAGCAGGAGCAGAAAGGGGGAGCCGGGCACCGCCGCUCCUCCAAGUUCUUCUUGAAAGAGCACAAAGCCCUCAAAACCCUGGGCAUCAUCAUGGGCACCUUCACGCUGUGCUGGCUGCCCUUCUUCAUCGUCAACGUCGUGCACGUCAUCCAGGACAACAUCAUUCCCAAGUACGUGUACAUCCUGCUGAACUGGCUGGGCUACGUCAACUCUGCCUUCAACCCCCUGAUCUACUGCCGGAGCCCCGACUUCAGGUACGCCUUCCAGGAGCUGCUGUGCCUGCGCAGGUCCGCCCUGAAGAUGUAUGCCAAUGGCUACUCCAACAGCAACGGCAGGAGCGACUACAACGAGGAGGACAACGGCUACCCCCUGGCCGGGGAUAAAACCUGCGAGCUGCUCUGCGAGGAGGGCUCCUUCCCUCGCCCCCAGGACUUUUUGCACGGCAAAGAGAUCCCUGGAUGCCCAGGAAUGGUGGAGAGCUGAAUGAUUCCAAGUCCUGUUCCUCACCACCCUGAGCUCGUGAGGGCUCUGCAGAGAUGGAGUGGGAGCACAGCCUGGCUUCCCUGGUCCAGGGGAUGCUGUGGGAAGUGAUUGCCUUGGCAAAGGUCCCAACCCAUCACCCUCCAUGCAGCACCUCCAGGAGAAGCUGGGGAAGGACAACCAAGGGACCAGGAGAGGCUCUGGGAGCCUUGGGAAGAAGCUACAGGAACUGAAGGAGGGGGAUGUACAGUGAGAAAAGGUGCCAAGGGUGUUUCCCCCUUGGAAAAUCCCUUUCCAAAAAAAAAGAAACACCAGGCACACGUGUGGUGUCCAGCUGGUUUGGAAGAGGCACAGCCAGGGCUCAGGGCCGGGUCAG